AUGGUGAAAAUGAAGAAAGGAAUCAUUUUCCUUCUUAUCAUUGCUUUUUCAUCUUGUACAAAGGCAACAAUUCCAGGAAUUACGGUAGUAACAACCUUUUUCACAUUAACUCAGACAGUAGCAGCAAGAACAGUUUCUUCUUCAACAACAAUGACAGCAUUGUCAACCGAAAAUAAGAAAAAAUCACCUUCUCAACUACUUCUCACACAAAAGCAACUUGUCGAACAAAUAGAAAAUGAACAGUCUCUUCUCCAGGAACUUCUAAAAAAACAAAACCCUGCACCUCACCAACAACUUCAACAGCUACUCGAACAACUACAACAAAACCAUUCGCACUUUGAGGAGCGUCUUCAACGGCAGCAGGAAUUUAGUAAGAAACUUGAACAUCAGUAUGGCUGUGAAAAUAUACAACAACUUCUUCAUAAACAGCAGAUUAUCCUUCAACAACUUCAAUAUCAUCAACCAUUUCUGAACCAACUUCAGCACCAGCAGCGUCAGCAACUAAAACAAACACUGCAGCCAUCGACUUUGCAUCAAGAAGCGCUUAACCUUCAAAAACAAAUGGAACAAAAUCACGAGCAAUCUCGAAAUCAAGAUCAAAAUAAUCUUAAAAAUCAAAUUCAGAAGCAAGAACAACAUCUUCAACUGCUUCAGCAACUCCGUAAUAUAUCUGUAAAACUUCAACAACAGGGGCAACAACUCUUUCGACAGCUUCAACAUAAAGUGCUACUGAUUCAAUUACUACAACAGCCGCCUUAUUAUCAAAAAUUACUUCAAGAACAACAAUCUCUUCUUCAACAACUUCUACAGCUACAACAACAACUUCUUCAGCAAUAUGAACAGCAACAAUUACUUAUUCAGCAGCUCCUCCAGCAACAACAACUUCUAGUACAACUUGUGGAGCAACAACAACAACUUGUUGUACAAAUGCUUCUAAAACCUCAGCAAAUACCUAAUCUUCUUCAACAACUUCUCCAGCUACAAGUCCAAUUCCAACAACUUAUGCAACAACAACAACAACUUCUCCAACAACUACAGCAGAAGCAGCCUUCACUUCAGCAGGAUCUCCAACAACAACAGUCUGUGUUUGAAGAACUUCUGAAAAGCAAGCAAAGUCUUCUCCAAAGUUUAAAACAACAAUUGAACUAUUUGGUCCAGUUCCAAAAAUAA